UUGUGCAGUGUUAAAGUGAAAAAAAAAAGAAUUUAAGAAAUGUCUGGCCGUGGUAAAGGUGGAAAAGUUAAGGGAAAGGCAAAGUCGCGUUCGAACCGCGCUGGCCUUCAGUUCCCCGUUGGUCGUAUUCACCGUCUUCUUCGCAAAGGCAACUAUGCCGAGCGUGUUGGUGCCGGUGCUCCAGUGUACUUGGCGGCUGUUAUGGAAUACUUGGCCGCUGAAGUUUUGGAGUUGGCUGGUAAUGCAGCCCGCGAUAACAAGAAAACCAGAAUUAUCCCUCGCCAUCUGCAAUUGGCCAUCCGCAACGAUGAGGAGUUGAAUAAACUGCUUUCAGGCGUCACUAUUGCCCAGGGCGGUGUGUUGCCUAACAUCCAAGCAGUUUUGUUGCCCAAGAAGACCGAAAAGAAGGCUUAAAUUACUAAUAACGAAUUUACGCAAAUCGAAACCAAACGUCCUUUUCAG